AUGACCACAAAGAGAGAAAAUAAAUCCCAAGGAAGCGAAGUAACACGCAUGUUGAAUUCCAUGUGGGCUAAAUUCUCUCAAGGGAGCGUGCGGGGCCAACAGACAGCCGCCAAGCCACUAAACCAACGUCCGCUGAUCGCCAACGAACACGGAGCCGUCAUCGUCACGAAAACCAUUCCAGGGCCCGUUUCCAACAGCAAGUUGCACGAGCUUUCACAAAUUCAGGAUACCAAUAGCAUCCAGCUCUUCCUCGACUACAACCGCAGCUUAGGCAACUACAUCGUGGAUGUGGACGGCAACGUCCUCCUGGAUGUCUACACUCAGAUCUCAUCCCUGCCGCUGGGCUACUCUCAUCCGGACCUCAUCAAAUUGCUCAAUGAUGCCGAUAAUGUGAGAUCCUUCAUCAACCGGCCUGCCUUAGGCGCCUUUCCCGGGACAGACUGGCCAGAACGCCUGAAGAAUUCACUCAUGGCAAUAGCACCGCCCGGUCUGCAACACCUGUGCACAAUGGCUUGUGGCUCCUGCAGCAAUGAGAACGCCUUCAAGGCCAUCUACAUGUGGUACAGAAACAAGGAGAGAGGUCCUGAUGGCAAAGCCACACAAGAGGACCUGGAGAGCUGCAUGAUCAACCAGCAACCAGGAUGUCCUUCCUACACACUGCUCUCUUUCAUGGGUGCUUUCCAUGGAAGGACGAUGGGAUGUUUAGCAGCCACCCAUUCGAAGCCGAUUCACAAACUAGAUAUCCCAUCACUCGAUUGGCCAAUUGCACCUUUCCCCAAAUACAAAUACCCACUCGAGGAGCACGCGAGGGAAAAUGCAGAGGAAGACAAAAAAUGCCUCGAACAGGUUGAAGACCUUAUUCAUCAAUACAACAAAAAGGGAACACCAGUUGCCGGCAUCCUCAUUGAACCUAUUCAAGCUGAAGGUGGAGACAAUCAUGCUUCACCCGAGUUCUUCCAGGAGCUUCAACAGCUUGCAAAGAGAAACGGAUCAGCUCUUCUCAUAGAUGAGGUCCAGACUGGUGGAGGGCCCACUGGAAAAUUCUGGGCCCAUGAACACUUCAACUUACCAGAGGCUCCAGACAUAGUUACAUUCAGCAAGAAGAUGCUCACUGGAGGUUAUUACUGCAAAAAAGAAUUUAUACCAUCUCAAGGAUACAGAAUCUAUAACACAUGGAUGGGCGACCCAGGAAAGGUUAUCAUGCUGGAAGAGGUCAUCAGAGUUGUAAAGCGGGACCAUCUUCUGGAAAAUGUUCAAGAAUGUGGAGAUAUUCUGAUGAAGGGUCUCUCUGCCUUAGAAAAGCAAUACCCUCAGCACAUCAAUUCAACCAGAGGACGUGGUACUUUCAUUGCAUUUGAUGGAAGUGAUGCCAGCAAACGAGAUGCAAUUGUUGGCAAACUCAAACUGAAAGGCAUUCAUUCUGGAGGAUGUGGAGAUAAGGCUGUUCGUCUAAGACCAGCCCUCAUUUUCCAGCCUCACCAUGCUAACAUAUUCCUCGAUAAACUAGAGAGCGUUCUCUCUGAGUUAUAAGACGACAACACACUGUUUACAACAGACAGGAAUGGGGAAGACAACCAGGGUAUGAUAAGACUUCUUAAGAUUAACGAUGACAGAAAUGUCUACCUUAUGAUACACUACAGAAAAUGACAAGAUGGUUAACAUGAUUGUGAAGUUUAUAUAUAAAUAUAUAUAUAAUCAAAAACUAUUUUUUGUAUUGCAUGAAAAUUAUAUCUAAUUACUUUAUUUUCAAUUACAAUCUUAAUAAUAAAUUAUAUAUACUUACAUAUAUAUAAUAUAUAUAGACAAUAAUCUUAACUCUUCAAUAUGAAUUGUCUGAAGACGUACCAAACAAUUAGGGCAGUUGACUGAAACAAAGAGCACUUGAUGGUUACUUUAAUUUUACUUUACGUUUGAAGAUUAAAUUUUUUUUUUCUGUU